AUGCGCGCUGUUAAUGCACUGCUUGGUGCUGAGCAACGAGGAAAACGCGACGCGGAAAGAAAGUUGAGCGACGCAUGCGAACGCGAACGUGAACGCGAACAGCAGCGCAGCGAAAAUUGCGCCUCGCCGAAAAGUGCAUCAGCAGCAGCAUCGGCAGCAACAGCAGCAGCAGCAGGCACGACAGCGACGUCGAUGACGUUGGCGUCAACAGCCUUGGGACUCAGCACAGCAACAGUCGCAGUCACAGUUGGAGGACAGCAACAACAGCAAGAGCUAUCGAUGGCAAGUGGCAGUGCAGCAACAGCAGCAGCUGCUGGACGUCAACAGCGUCCCAGUGAUAGCGAUUUGCGGGAGCUGCGCGAGAUUAAGCAGCUGCUGUGGGGCGAUAAUGUGCGCGAAGAUGUUUUCACGCGUUGGUCUCAAGGCUUUGAAUUUAGUGAUGUGGAGCCGUCAGCUUUGGUGCAAAAACAGGGCGGUCCUUGUGCUGUGAUAGCGCCCGUUCAGGCGUACUUGCUGAAGAGAAUCAUCAUGGACAAGCCAGGCAUCCAGCUGAUCGACCUGCCACGCGAGGAGUGCGAAAGUCUGUUGAUACGUGCGCUGUGCAACAUUCUGAAGAAUUGCCGUGCGCAUCGCUAUAAGAUUGUCACCCUGCACCCUGAUUGUCGUGCAACCAAAGAGCGUCGCCUGACGCCACCAAGUGUCGCCGCCGCCGCCAACACCAACACCUCAAACACAACAACAAAUCCGGCUGGCGCUGCUACUGCCGAUGAUGCUACCGUCGAAGCGGCCAUUGAGGCCGAAGAGCAAGCCACUGAGAUGGCAACUGGCAAUGCAAGUGCAACGGGAAUUGAUGCUUCAGCUACAGGUACAGCGACAGCAGGAGGAGCAGGAGCCGAAACAGCUGCUGACGGCACAACGUUGGUGAUACGCAUGCAGCUGAAUCUGACGCUAACGCCAGAUGAAUUCCAUGAUGGAUUGCAUACGGUGCACUUUCAUCAUAUCACCGAUGUGGCACGCUUCUACAUGCAGAACUAUAGUCAACUAUCGCAUACAUACGGUGUGCUGCUCUUCAUGUAUUCGGUAUUCCUAACCAAGGGCACGGAACAGGUGAAUGCCGAUAUAUCGGAUACAUCGGAACCGCUGAUACAUAGCACAUACGGUUAUGGCGCUCAAUCGCUGAUCAAUCUAAUGCUGACGGGUCGGGCUGUCGCCCAUGUCUGGGACAAUGAGCAGGAUGUCGGUGGGCUCAAGUUGCGCGGCAUCUCUGAGCAGAGUGAUAUUGGUUUCAUAACGCUAAUGGAACAGAUGCGCUAUUGCACUGUCGGUUCAUUCUUUAAGAAUCCACGCUAUCCCGUCUGGGUUAUGGCCUCCGAUACGCAUUUAACUGUUUUGUUUAGCAACGAAAAGAGGCUCGUGUCGCCGGAGACACCAUCGGAAACGGGACGUCGCGUCUUCAAAUCGUACGAUCCGGAAGGCAAUAAUUUCAUAUCGAGCACCUUGCUGCGUGAUGUGUUGGCCACACUGCAUCUGGUCAGCGAGCCGGGCUACGUUAGUCUGAUGCAGAAGCGACUGGAUCCCGAGAAUCUCGGCAUUAUACUCCUCAAUGCUUUUAUGGAUGAAUUCUAUCCGCAGGAGCGUCGGUCCACACCGGACACAUUCGAGCUGAUGCACUACAACGGCAUACCGGGCUCCAAUGACAACAAUAAGGUGCGUUACUAUUGUGGCUCGGCCAUAUUGCUGGAGGGUGAUCUCAAGUCGAUAUGCACCUCGAAUCCCAUGGUCACUUGUCUGCAGACCAAGUGGCCCAACAUUGAGAUCAAUUGGCAUGAUGCUCACAUGCCUUCGUUGAAUUGACGGCCACACUAAAAGAAGAGCAACAACAACAACACAAACAAAAGAACAACAACAACAGCAGCUGAAGUAGGCAGCUGCAGCAACAGAAACAAAAGUAGGAGGUAGUGAAAGAGAAGCCGAAGAAUACGGUGAAGAGGAAGAAAACAGCUGUGCAGCAAGUGCAAGCAACAACAAUUGGAUGCCAAGCACACUUUUAUUUCAAACACCUUUCAAUUGUUUAUUGAUAAUUUAUUGAGAAAAAAAACGUUUUAAAAACAACCAAAAAAAUGCAAACGCAAAAAAAAACAACAAACAAAAAAAAUGAACAAGCAACUAACACACACACUUACAUAUAUAUAUUGAGAUAUAUAUAUAUAUAUAUAUGUUUGUAUAUCCUACAUAAACACACACACAUACAACAACACUUAUCCCCCAACCUGUGCAUAAAAAUGUUAUGCAGAUAUUAAAUUUUUUGCAACACAUUUAAAAAAAAAACAAUUUCAACAUGAAACACAUGAAAAACAAGCGAAAAAAAAAAGAAAAAACAGAAAGCAUAAAACAUAUUGAAGUGAAUGUAAUUUUAGUUUGCCAUUGUAAUUUAUAAGAGCCAGCGAAAAUGAUGAUAAAUGUUAAAAGCAUAAGUCAUAAACAACCAACAAAUGCAUGUCACAUUAGCGAAACAAAUACACACAAACAACUCACACACACACACAUGCACCCAAUGCGCCCCUCUCCACACACACACACACACACACUCAUUCAGAACAAAAAAAAUUUUUGUUUAUGGCCUUUUAACAAAUUAAUUGUAGUGUUUAAAACAAUUAAAUAAAAUUAACAAAAAAAACUAACUAAAAUGCGUUACCAAUAAAUACACGAAACACAAAUGCAAAAUAACAGUCGAAAUAGAGAAGGAUAGCGCUAAUGCAUGAGAGCGAGAGAGUAAGAUUGAGAGAAGUAUGGCAACAAUGCACUCAACAACAAAAAAUAAAAACCAGAGAAAUAAUAAUAAUAAAAAUGUUGUAAUCCAAAAAAACGAAAACUUGAAAUUGUGAAUAACUCUUUGCGAAUGUACUAUAUAUAUAUAGAUUUUGUUGGAAUUCUACGAACUUAUUUAUUGAUAUUGUUUUGUUGUCGAACAAAUUCUUACAUUUUGUUUCUUUAACUGAAAUGCAAUUUCUAUUACUUAAUUAAAAAACCGCUUAAGUUGUUCCCAUAUCUAAAAGAGGAAAAAAAAUUGACAAUUGGCAAUUUGAAGGUAACUUUUCUAUCGAUAAAUUCCAAUUGAAGUGUUUGAUGAUCACGAUCGUGACUAAUGCAGGCACAUUUAUCAAAUCGCUAAUCGCAAGUCAAUAAUCUCAAUAAAUAAUGUGAAGUGAUGAUGAAAAAAAUCAAAGAAACGUCGUUUUGUUUUUGGAGAUUGUGUUUCUUACUUUAAUAUUUUUGUAAUUGAUAUUUAAGCAAAAUUCAUUUUACUCGCGAAAACGAAUUUUUCAAUCAAUUGUUUUUGUUUUUUGUGUUUUUUUUAUUUAGGUAUUUUGUUAUGUUUUUCUUUAUAUUCUUUGUUAAAUAACGAAGCUGUUUUUAAAUUUAGCGCGCAUUGUUAUCCUCCUGUUUCUCUGUUCCGACUAUAGCCAACUGACAGACGAAGAAUGCAUCCAUCAUCCACUCUUCAGCACUCUACUUCUCCUCACACCAUUCGUUCUCCUUGCGCACCUGCUCCUCCUCUGCUGGCGUGAAAUCCUUCUUGAUGUUAAAUGUCUUGCGUAUAUCCUCCGGAGUCUUGCCCUUGAUCAUGUUGGCCACAGUCUUGCACGUUAGCUCCAGCAAUCCCUUGAUGUCCAAAUAGUUGGCAGCCAAGAUCAAUUCAAAUAGGGUGCCCUGAUCCACUUUAAGGAAAUCUGCAUCCCACGAUGUGAUGUCAUCGGUUCGCUUCUCCUUGCUCUCAUCGUCCUCGGUGGGCUGUGGAUCAUCCUUGUGAUAAUUCGCCCAGGUUAGGACCUUGCGCAAUAUGGUGGAGUUCACAUUGGGCAGCGGAACAAUGGCAUUCUCAUCCUCCUCCAUGCCGCAAUCCUCGAGCAUGGUCCGAAUGGUGCCAGAGCAUUUGGCGAUUUGUAUAUCAGUAUCAAAAAUCUCCUCAUCGGAGGAUUGCAACUUGAUGGUCGGCAUAUUGAUCU